AGCAAUAACAAAUCCAUAAAAAUGAAGGAAGCUGCGAAAGUUGGAGAAACGGCUGAGUUCCAGACAACUUCCCUAGAUUCUAAAGAACGAAAACUUGUCCGGCGGUUGAGAAUUCAGAGAAGACUACAGAAAGCACAGCAACAGCAGCACACUGACGUGUGCCAGGAGCAUGAAGACAUGGAUAACAAGACCAUGCUGGAGAAACAAUUAGAGAGUAGCGAGAACCAGCUGGAAAAAUUGCUAUUGGAAGGGAAGGAAUUGGUAACAAAUGUUCGCAUAGCAACUGAUGCUCGUGAGGUAAGUCGAAGGAAAGAUGAAGUUGCUGCAAAGGAAAAACGUCUCAAGAGACUGGAAGAUCAAACAAGGGAGAGUGCAGAAAAAUUCAAUGAAGUAAAUUCUAGGUGGAAAGUCAUCUUAGAGUCAAGUGAUCCUCUGGAUCUACAUCAUAAUAUAGAAGAACAGAGAGUGAAAUGUGCAGAGCUUAUUGCACAGAAGGACAAGCUCAUCAAGGAGCUGAGGGAGGAACUGAAAUUGGCAGAUGAUAUGUUUGAUAAAGAUCAAGAAAAGCAAAAGGAAGAUUUCUGGCUCCUGGCAGAGAGGAUAGACAAUCAAGUAAAAAUGAUGAGAAACGUUUAUAAGGAUGAGCUGAAGCUCAUUGAGGAAGUGAUUGAACUUGAGCACAAUGAGCUGAUGAAGGUGAGCAACAGCAAGUGGGAGGCCCUGUACAAGGAACAUGAGAAGCUUGAGAUAAAGCAUAUGGAGAAGAAGUUCCAAGCAGUUAACAGACAUGAGGAUGAGAUAUGCAGAAUAUCUGUGGAACAUCAUGAGAAGUUCAGAGAGGUUAAGCUCAAGCUGCAGACAGACAUACAGGUGCUGCAACAGGAGCUGCAAAUUGUGAAGACACAAUGCUUCAUGAACAGUGUGAAACUUGACUACAAUUUACAAGUGCUUAAGAAGCGGGAAGAGGAAAACCUCAUUGUACGAGCGCAGCAGAAACGCAGAAUCAACAGACUUCAAGAUGUGGUGACUGAUCUGAAAAAGAAAAUAGCUGCGACAGAGAAGUCAACAAAAACAGAGUCUGCACGGUUGACAGAGGAGGUGGAAAGGCUGCACCAUAAUAUAUUUGACAUAGAAGGCAAGGCUGACCAUUUUGCAGAGAUGAAUGACAGGAAGUAUCAGCAGGUGUGGAAUCUCAACAGAGAUACUGCCAAGAAACUGCUGGACAAGAUAUUGGACAUUGAUCGCAUAUUGCAUGAGCAACAACUCGGACUGGAAUGGACCUGUCCUGAUUUGUGCCCGCUGUAUCAGGAAGACCUGUCAUCACAUUGCUCUGCCAUGCAGGUCGUUGCAGAUGUGUCUCCUAAGAAAGAUGCUCAUGACACAGAGAGUGGAACACGACCAUUUGGAUUCCCAAUGACAAAAGAAGUGGAAACAGUGCAUGCGGAGGACGUGUCAGUAUGGAAAAUCCUCAAAUUGGUGGCCGACAAUUCAGAUUUUCUUGCUGAAAAACAACUCAAGGAUCUACUUGAACCAUAUACUGACAAGGAGAAGAUGCUCGUAAAAAUUGACAGUGUUUUUACUAUUCUGGGAGUAAACACUGAAGCAGAGAUAUUGAUGUUAAAGAAAUGCUUCCUACCAUAUGCAAAGUGCAGCGUGUGUUCCACACAACAGGAAGAGAGGGCGACCACCAUAUUUAAGGGCUCCCAUUCAUCCCUUGGCAGCACAUCAACUCCUGGAAACACAGAUACUGCAAUGGCAGGUUUGGUACCGGAUACCAACAACAAAUUUGGUGUCGAGUCUGCAGAAGAGGAUGAACAGCUCCAUGACAUGGACAUUACAGCAACUGAAGUCACUUCUACCCCUCCCACAUCCAUUGCUGACAUUACAGAUAAACUUCACUUCAUACACAGCAAACCAGAUUGUCCUGACACACAUUCACUUGUCAUUGAUCCUGUGUUUGUAUUGAAAGUUCUACGAGAUUUUGUCACCAAAUUUUCUGCAGAAGAAUACAGACAUCUCACAAAUCUGACAUCCAGCUUCUCAGCGAAGCACAGUACAUUGUGCCGCCUCAUUUCAACACAAGAUGUUGCCAACUUUUGGACAAAAUUCCGUGAGAUAUUCUCUCCAGAGCGAGAAAAACUGUGGGAUGGUCUGUUAAUAGGACUGCAGAGAUACCACUGUAUUCUGGAAGACCGCCAUAAACUGAAUGUGAAGACUGAAAAACUUAGACAGCAGAAUGCUGACCUGAGACGGCUUCUGCAUUUCUACAUCCAGAACCCUGAAAAUGAAUCCAUGUUCUUGUCAUCAUGGGAACGUCUUAAACCCAUCUCAAGAAAUGGUCUCCAAAGGAAGAGCAAAAUUAAGUUUGCAAGAGCAACUACAAGCAUUGGCAGAAAGUCUACAUAGAGGCAAGAGCUAUCUUGUGAAUCCAAUACGCUCACAGCUACAUCAUUUUUUGUGUAACUAACUAACAUCAUGGAGCAAAGCCCUUCUUGAGAAGCCGCCAAUUGUGUAGCUAUUCAAGACUUUUCCAACAAUUUAUGGA